AUGAAAAGAGUUAAUGAGCUUACAGGUAUCAAUGAGUCCGAUACAGGCCUAGCGCCCCCUGCCCUUUGGGAUUUGGCCGCCGACAAGAACUGUUUGACAAACGAACAUCCUUUGCAGGUUGCCCGUUGUACGAAGAUAAUCAACGCUGAUUCUGAGGAGCCCAACGAUGUUGGCGGCUGCAAAGAGCAAAUUGAGCGUCUACGGGAAGUUGUGGAGCUACCACUAUUGCAUCCUGAACAAUUCGUAAACCUUGGAAUUGAACCUCCGAAGGGGAUGCUUCUUUUCGGACCUCCGGGGACAGGCAAAACGCUCUGUGCUCGUGCCGUUGCUAAUCGCACAGAUGCUUGUUUCAUACGUGUGAUCGGGUCUGAGUUGGUCCAAAAAUACGUUGGAGAAGGUGCGCGUAUGGUACGAGAGUUGUUUGAGUUGGCUAGGAGCAAGAAAGCAUGUAUCAUCUUUUUCGAUGAAAUCGACGCCGUCGGAGGUGCCCGCUUUGAUGAUGGUGCUGGCAGUGACAAUGAAGUGCAGAGAACUAUGUUGGAACUGAUUAACCAAUUGGACGGAUUUGAUCCUCGUGGAAACAUAAAGGUUUUGAUGGCAACCAACCGGCCGGACACUCUGGAUCCUGCACUUGUGCGACCAGGACGUUUGGAUCGCAAGGUGGAGUUCAGCCUGCCAGAUUUGGAGGGCCGAACUCAUAUCUUCAAAAUCCACGCUAGGUCCAUGUCGGUCGAGAAGGAUAUCCGAUAUGAGCUUCUGGCGCGGCUGUGUCCAAACAGCACAGGUGCUGAAAUUCGCAGCGUCUGUACGGAAGCUGGUAUGUAUGCUAUACGAGCAAGGCGCAAGAUGGCCACUGAGAAGGACUUCCUCGAGGCAGUUAACAAAGUCAUCAAGUCGUACGCCAAGUUCAGCGCGACCCCCGCGAUAUAUGACCUACAACUGAAUCAAACUAACAUAUCGGACAUUGCUCCAAACAACUUCAUUUUUCAUCCUACGUUGUAUCAAUUUUAUCAUAUAUUUGCGGGUGCUGACACGCUUGAUUGUGUCAGAUCACUCCCAGCAUGUUUAUGA